GUCGGCGUGCGUUGCUAUGUUCAGGUGAGCGGGAAGCGGACGCUUGGCCUGAGUGGGAACGCGGGCCGGGAGGCGGUAGUGGCGGCUGAGGGGAGCGAGAAUUAUUAUUGAGGACUCACUCAAUUUUGUCAACUACCAAUAAUGUCCUGCACCUUGGAAGGGGGUCCUGUACAAGCAAAUUAUGUAUUCCGAGGGAUUGAGUAUAUAAUCACCAUGAUGGUGACUGGGGAUGUGUUGGAGGUGCAAGUUGAGGACAGCUUGACCUCUGAGCAGUGGAGAGGAGAAUUCGAGGCCGUUUAUAUUGAGGAUGUCACACACAAAACCGGGAAUUUCAAGCAGUUCUCCAUUUUCUGCAACAUGUUGGAGUCAGCCAUCACAAAGAGCAGUGAAUCAGUGACCCUCGAUCUGUUGACUUACUCUGACCUGGAGCUGCUAAGAAACCGCAAAACAGGAGUUGGAAUGAGGCAAGUGCCACCACCAAAAUCGGGGACACUCAGCUGUAAACGCUACCUUAUCCUCAUCUACUCCGUGGAGUUUGACAGGAUACACUACCCAUUGCCACUACCAUAUACUGGGAAGCCUGAUCCAGUAGUUCUCCAGAAAGUAAUCCGGGGUUUGAAGGAGGAGCUGGCCGUGAUGAGAUCAAAGCAGGGCAUGAAUUACCGGGACUCAGAGCUCAGGCGUUUGAGAGCAGAGUUUGACAAGCUAUUGCAGGAGAAGCAGGAGCUGGAGGUGAUGAUACUGCAGCUCCAGGAGCAGGUGAAGCUUUCGAGCACAGCAACUGUCGCCAAGGACAUUAAAAUCCUGAAGAAAGUCAUCCAAGGCCUGGAACAGGAGUUGAUGAAGGAGCGGACAAAAAACCAGAGAGCGGCAAGCAAGAGAAACCAGGAGUACAACCAGGUCCUUGAUGAGCUUGAAGAGGUAAAGGCCUCAGAGCGGAAGUUGAAGCUACGAGUGAAGAACUUAACUGUUGAGCUGGGUUUAUACAAGAGGGGUCGACUCACUCCAGCAGGACCCUCCCCCCAGAGCCGGUCGAAUCUUAGCCCAAGUUCUGAACGGCACUCUCAGAACAGGACGAACUCAGCCCACAGGCUUCGAGAGGACAGCCGUUCUGCCUCAAGGGACCGGAGCAGGCAGUGGUCAGGAUCCACAUCCAGAGAGAGGAGCGGCGGGCAGCCAUCCUUUCGUGGUAGGGAGCGAUCAUCUUCCCGGGAGAGUCAGAGAGGAAAUCGAUGCCACGUGCACAAGGUGACUCCCUCUCCAACAGGGGGCCGACAGCCACGCUUCGACCCCACUGCGUAUGUGCACAACAAGGAAUGCAAACGCAAGGAGGCAGACCAGAGGAACUUGAGGAAAAUCCACAGGAACAUGAACGGCCUGGCCAGCAACGAGCGAGGACGCACAAAGUCCCGGAACUGCUCGCGGGAUGGCAGCACCAGCAGGAUGCGAGUGGGUAGUGGAGUCCGCACUCGUAGCUCCUCAGCAGAAAAUGUUCGAAGCAGAUUCUCCUCAGCGAGCUCAGUCAGUGACUUCGAGGACAACGGGUCAGCAGGCAAUUCCAGAUUGCAAAGAGUCAGAAAACCAUUGGCAUCAGCUUCCUGGACCAGUCCCAACUUGCCUCGGAGGAAGCCCAAACAGAAGCGUUUGGCCAGCACCCCCACAAAAUCAAACAAGAUGUCUGACAAAGAAAACUACCUGGACUCCUGCGACCUUUCUGAAAUCGAUGCCAGGCUGAACGCUCUGCAGGAGUACAUGAAGAAACUGGGAGCGCGGACUGAGUGAGGUGGGUCCCAGACCCUUUGGACGAUCACGAAUAUGAGAAACGUACCAAGGGCAGGGGUGCUGCGUGAGACUGGGGGUGGGAAAUGGGACAACAACCUUCACACAGCAUCUGCCUGAUCCAGGACAUGUCGUGAAGCAACAAGAACUUCAUUGUCUAGAACUGUAUGUCUGUUGGUUUAUUGUAAAUAGGAAUGUAUAAAAAUGGGGAAAAGAGUACGCGUUGGAAAUCAAUUGAGUGCUUUGUGUCGUUUCUGAGUAUUUUUAUUUUGUCUAUUGAACAAAUGAUUACCCAACAAUUAUUGGCUACAAUGCCACCUGGAUAGCACAGUCACUAACUAGAGCAAGAAUAGAGUGUCAGACACCUUAAUGACUCGUAGCUUGAGAAGUUGAAUCCACAGGGCGAUUGUGUUUGUUUCAAAGUUAUCUAGCGUCUCCCCAAAUUUGCAUCGAUUGCUCAUUCCCUUUCUGCUGUGUCUACGUGUUAUUCCAAUAGGAAUUGUCAGAAUACAGACCAUAUUAAAUAAGCAAAGGUGUUCAAGCCUUACUGGGGAAGAAGGGAGUACUCCUGUUGGGGGAAGAGUGAACCCCAAGGUAGAUGUACAAUCUCAAUUCGGUGUUUCUGGUUAAAGUACCAGUAUCUACCAUUCCACACUAUUCCAGCUAAGUUUGCUCCUGAUUAACUCCAAGAACCUUUUGACAAACUUAGAUUUAAGAAGCCUUUCAAGCUUGUGUGGUGUCUAGCCUGAUUUCAAUGAGCUCAGUAGGCUUUAACUGGUUUAUUUUGAGGUAAUAUUACUCUUGUCUAGAUUGGUGAGCACAUAAUAUUGUAAAAUACUUCGGACACCUACAUUGGAACAUAGUACACAGGGCAAAGAAUAAAUAAUUCCAAUGUGCCUUUCAGUGAUACCCAACCUUUUUAUGCCAUUAUACAAGGGGUCCAUGUUGGGAAACCCUUUUACAUCAUCUGCCUGUUCCCAUGCAAUCUAUCAGGAAGUUCAAUCCAUCAUUCUCCCAUUCUGAAGAUCCCCUCAUUCUCCAAUCUGAAAUCUGCACUCAUUCCACCCUGUUUCCCCACUCCAACAACUCUGGCUUACUUAUUACCCAUUCCAUUUUAACUUUCCUAUCAUCAACUGCAACCUUGUUUUACUGGUCAGGAACAUAUCUCCUGGCGCUGGCUUCAAAUCUGGAUGAAUUAUGCCAAAGGCCAUCUUUCACUGUCUUUCUUAAAUAUUCCUUGAAUGAAUUUUGUGAUGAACGUGAUGAUGGCUGAUCAGUACCAACUCAUGGGAUGACCUGUAAAGUUUAAUUCUGCCCUGCCUGAGUUUAACCUAAAGUGGCCAGGCCAGAUGUGAGUGAACCCCAGGGGUCCAAUGAAGUCAUAAGGUGUAAGAUUUCCACUCAGUGUUUCUGCUGAAUGUACAUUCACCAAUCUAACAUUCCACAUGAGCCUAGCUGUUUGCUCCUGAUUAACUCAAAGAACCUUUUGCCAAACUUAGAUCUUAAGAAACCAUCCAAGCUUGUGUGCUGUCUAGCUUUCAAAUGAGCUCAUCUUGCAGAAACUGGUUGGUCGAGCUAAUAUCCAGAUUGCUGAACAUCUAAUGCUGUGAACUACCUGCGGCUCUCCUGUCUGAAUAGUACCACAUAGUACUUCAGAAGAGUUGAACACCAAAGGUUUCCAUUUUGGAAAGGGUACAUUUAUCUCAUCGGGAUUUGUGGAUCCAGUAAUCUGAAUCCUGAGGCUCUCUAACCUUCAUGUUGUGACUCUCAACACUCAGAUUUAAUAGCAUCAAUUUUCCUGAUGUCUCAGAUACCAAGGUUGUUGUGACUGGCCACUGAGAGCAGAGUUAUUUGUUUGCAGUUAGACUUGCCUACUGAAUAGUGUCCAUUUUCCUUGUCAAACCCUUGAUUGCACCUUUAAGUAUAACAAGGAAACCCCAAGUGGAGUGAGUCUACUACAAAGAUAUGUGAAGUAUAUACUGUGUGAUAUAAUUGUGCAGUCUAUCUGAGGUAAGAGUUCUUCCAGUAUUGGACUCAGCCACUGUUCAAGGGAGUAUUCUUAUAUCUAUACUGAUUCCACCAUCGGGAGUGCAUGUGGAUGAUUGAGAACAGUAAUCUGCCCCAACGACUGGGGUCAUGCCAUGGACCCAAGGGAUCUGUGGGGCCCCAGGUAGGGAACACCUGCCCUGCUAUAAUAGCCCAGACUAUAGUGUGUUGUAUUUGGGUGGGGAAGGGAGACAGUACACAUCCAUACUUGAUGGAAUUUAUUUGUACUGAUUUUUCUACAAUUUUUGUAAAUAAAUCUUUUAUUCUAAUGAAA